AUAAUUAUAUUGAAGUCAUGAAAGAGGGCGAGUGCAUAUGUUUAACCAUUGACGUCGAACGAUUCGAAGCUGCUAUAGCGGAUCCAUCUCAAAAGGUUCAUGGUGGAUUUCAAAGGGGGACAUUUGGUGCUAGUAUUCUUCAAGGAUUAGCUCGCGAAAAUAUAACUGGUUC